AUGACCGCCACUCCCCCUUCCACCAUCAGGCUACCACCCCCGCCAUCCCAGUCCGAGCUGUUCAACUCAGCUCUGGCCACAGACACCCCAUCUGAUACCCCUAACAGCUCGUCUUUCCUCCCAGGGCAAGUUCCUUUACCCAAGCCUCGACGCAAAUCCGCUGGCAGGAGCUUCUCCACUGUGGGGCAUGGCUACAGUAGUCAUCGACGAGUGAGCAAAGCCACCUUCAGAGGUGUGGAUGACUUCGUCGGCGAUGCAGACGCUCUCAAGCUUCCCACUCUGGUCCCAGGGAUCCGUCCCGCCUACUCCACCCCUCUUCCUGUCUUACCCAUGGUUGUACUUUGCAUCGCCAUGCUCUCAGAGCUCCUGGCAGCUAAUCUGUGUACCCCGUUCCUGCUCAAGAUGGUCGAAGGCUUCUUCCUGGACGCUGGGAAACCUAAGAACAGUGAGACAGAAGCAGCCGUUGGCUUGUGGACAGGAAACCUCGUAUCUGUAUUCUUCAUCACCCAGUUUUUCACCAGUCUACUCUGGUCUAGUAUUGCCGACAAGCAUGGUAGGAGAGCUGUCAUCGUAGCCAGUCUAGCCGGAAGCGCAGUCGCUCUGGUCGUAUUUGGCACGUCUGAGUCUCUGCCCGAAGCGAUCUGUGUCCGACUCGUACAGGGCAUAUUUGGAGGUGCAGUGGGGGUGUUCCGAGGAUCCAUCCGAGACUUGACAGAUGACACGAACGCCACGCGAGCAUAUGCCGUCCUUGGGUUUUCAUGGGGUUUUGGAGGUGUUAUUGGUCCUAUAUUGGGUGGUGUCUUCGAAAGUCCAGCCGACAAUUUCCCAGGCUCAUUCCUCGGUCGCAUUGGAUUCUUUCAAACCUUUCCCUACCUCCUCCCCACCGUCAUCGCUGGCGCUCUACUUGUGACUGGAUCCAUCUUGGCUUGCUUCCUAUCUUGGGAUGGAGGUGUUCGAGGUGGUACUCGCAUCGCACUGCCAGUGGAAAAGAACGAACCUCUGAUUCCUCAAGAUCCAUUACGCCAGCCCUCGCCCGUGCCGUCUCACAGGACUGCAGUACCUUCAGUCAGGGCCAAACGCAGUGUCUUGUCGCCCUUACCGGAUCCAGAAUCGGCAGCGUAUGGUGCGGGUUAUCCAGGAUUGAACGUCGGCUCCGUACCACAUGGUCGCCGUGACAGCAGAGCCAGCUUGGGUACCGCUUACGGAUACGGAGGUAUUCGAUCCAAACACCCCACUCUGGCAGCGAGAGCAGCAUUGGAAGCAGCCCGACGCGUAUCCGGCGCCCCGAGGCGUUCUUCAGACGCCGGGCAGGACGAGCCAGAAACGUCGGAGGAAAGUGGUCCCCUUGGUUUUGCGCAGAAAUUGCUGCUCGCCAACGAGGAAAACACUUUCAACUUGAAUGACCUAUGGUUAUCAGCGGCCGUGGCUCAAGACAUGGCCGUCUUUGAGGACGACGACGCCACGGUGGAAGAGAACGAACAGGAUGAGGACGACGAUAUGGAAGAGCCAUUCGAGACCACGCCGCAACCGUCCCCAGCGCAUACACCUGGUUCUCAACACCCCGAUAGCAUCGCCCGACGGAGGUUCACCCGUGGCCGCAUGGCUAGUAUCCAGGGAUCAUUAGGAUACCGUAGCGGAGCCGCUCAUCGACUAUCCGUCUCGCAAGGUGGUAGACGGUUUAGUACCAGCUCCGGUCAAAUGCCCUCCAUCUUCGCAAAUACCGGCCUGGCAUCACCUCCGCCCAUCACAGCGAUUCACACGGACCCAGAUCUGGCUUCACCUAGCGGGGGUGAUCCCUUCUUUCAAAGUCCGGUCCCCGAACGACGACAAGCUGGUCUUAGUGUUAUUACCGAACGCAAUGUCAGCACUACAGAGGCGUCACCUCUGUUGAGCCCCGCUGCUGAAGUGACUGACAAAGCCAAGGGGUCAGCUUGGGGUGCCCUGCCCUUGAUGGUGAUCCUGCAGUAUGGACUGUUGGCGUUGCACAAUACGACACACGACCAGCUUUUCUUGUCAUUCCUUGUCUCACCCUAUCGCUCAGGCGGCAUAGGUCUGAAUCCCGCUCACUUUUCCCUGCUCAUAGCCCUCAUGUGCCUCUGCCAGCUGUAUUACCAAUUUUACCUCUACCCCCGGCUCGGACCCCCUCUAGGUCGUUUCUCGCAUCUUCAGAUGUUCCGCCUGGGAUGUUUCUUGUACAUUCCAGCUUAUGCUGCUCUCCCUCUGCUCCACGCAUUCGCAAGCGAGCAGUCGGGUGGGAGCUUUAUAGUGAUGACCCGUGAGGCUGUACGAUACUGCGGUGGUACUUUAGCCUACACUUCGAUUAUGGUUCUAAUUAAUGUCAUGUCCCCUCCUCAUGUGGUCGGUCUCGCCAACGGGCUCGCUCAGAGCGUCGUGUCAUUCUCACGUUUCUUCGGACCAGUGAUUGGUGGGGCUGUCUGGAGUGCGAGUAUCAACGGAAACCCUGCUGGCUACCCCAUCGGCUUUUACAUCGUCGCGGCUGGCUGCUUGUUGCAAUGGUCACUCUCUUUCCUCAUCCGAUGA